AUGGAGCGUACUUUACAGGCGCAGCAUUUUCCUCUCAAUCAAUAUGUAGAGUUUGCCGCUUAUCAGCUAGCGGGAGAGGCCCAGCCUUGGUGGCAAGCUGAGUGUCAUUUGCUACAACUUCAAAACUCUAACAUUCCAUGGGAGGUGUUCCAAAUGGCUUUUUACAAGAAAUACUUCCCUGAGUCUACAAGGGAAGCAAAGGAGAUGGAGCUAAUGCAGCUGAAGCAAGGUUCCAUGUUUGUGGUAGAGUACACCAAUAAGUUCGAAGAGCUUUGUUGGUUUUCUCGGGUGUGUCAGGGUGACCCGGAGACUUACAAGAGCUGGAGAUGCGUUAAGUACCAAAGGGGUUUGAAGGAUAACAUUAUUAUUGCUGUGGCUCCUAUGGAGAUCUAUGUCUUCUCUAACUUAGUGAACAAGGCUAGAGUAGUGGAAGAAUAUGCCAAGACCGUGGUGGCAUCCAAGGACACUCAUAGAGGGAGCUCUAGUCGGGGGUGUGGCAAGUACUUUCAUCUGAAAGGAGAAAGCUUCAAGAGAGGAGGAUAUGUGCCUCAAAGCCAAAGGGGCUUCAGAAAGAAUAAUCAUAAUCAAGUUCAGUAUGCUAAGGGAAGAGGAAAUCAGAGUAAGAAUUCUUCGGAUUUGACUUGUGUACGUUGUGGGCAUUUCCAUCCUUAUGACUCAUGCAAAAUUGGUUUAGGUGGUUGUUUCAAGUGUGGGUUGCCUGGCCACAUUGCGAGGGAUUGCCCUCGUGGGAGGAAUCAGGAUGCAGGUCAGAAUCAGCACCAAGGUCGAGUCUUUGCUGUGAAUGGCAAGGAUUCUUCCAAGGCAGAUCCGUUGAUGAGAGGUAUAUGUCUAAUUGGUGAUAAAUCCUUAGUUGCAUUAUAUGAUACUGGAGCUUUGCAUUCAUUUAUUUCGUUUGCUAAAGUAGAUGAGUUAGGCUUGAAAGUGUCAGAGUUACCUUUUGAUCUGCAUGUACAUACUCUACAUCAAACAAUUAUGGCUAGGUCAGGUUGUAGACAAGUAGGUUUUAAGCUUGAGGGUAGAGACUUUGUGCACGAUUUAAUCUAUUUACCCAUGGUGGGGCAAGAAAUGAUUUUAGGAUUUGAUUGGUUGUCAAAGAAUCAGGUUUUGUUGGAUUGCUUUGAACGGACUAUUCGGUUUAUGUCGGAAGGAGAGAAUGGAGCAGUGGUAGCUACGGGGUAUUACCUGAACUCUGUAAUGGUGCAUUGUAGUGGGGAGGAGUGUCAGGUUUAUAUUCUGUUGGCUGCUAAUGCGUUGGGUGAUGCCCAGAACUUAGAUUAG